AUGGAGGACAGAAUCAUUGAGUUUGAGGAUGCAGCUGAGACAGUACUGGGCCUUCUUGGCGUACCAAACCUAGACCCAGGCAGAAAGGUUCUGAAUAACCCUCAAGUUGAAUAUCAUUUUGUCACUCGCAUAUUUGUUAGUGUUUCGAAGGAUUACAACAAGAAAGAAGUGCUUCUUAGUAUACUAAGUACCUUCAUCAAGGACAUUAGGGAUCGUAACAUGUCGGUGCAAGAAUUAGUUGCUGAGGUCCGAGAGACACUGAAGUACAAGUAUUUGAUUGUCAUGGACGAUGUUUGGAAUACAAAAGCAUGGGAAGAUCUCAAGGAUGCUUUUCCAGAUCAUAACAAGGGCAGUAGGGUGUUGAUAACUACUCGACAAGAGUCUGUGGCCAAGCGUGUUGCAACAAAGACUGAUCCCUAUCCAUGGCAAUUAUGCAGCAAGAAGAAGCUGAAGAAUUACUGA